CUGACCGUGAGCAGCACCAGCGGGGGGGCCCUAGCGUCGGCCACCAGUUCCGGUGCCGUACCGAGCAACAUGGCCGCGACCGAUGGUCAGAUCAUACUGGCGGCGUCACGCUUCGGUUCCGACACCGCACCCGUUUACCUGCGCGACUUUGCCAAGAGCAGCGAGCUGCCGGCGGUCGGUAAGAUCGUCAAGGGCCAGUACUACAACCUGGGCGUACCGACACUCUCCAACCCGUCGCUCCAGAGUACGGCCCUGUUUCUGAACGCCGGGCGCAAGUACCAGAUCCUGGCGCAACCGAUCAAGAUCAAGGAGGGCCGGAAAAACACGAACGUUGGCCCGAAGGUGCUGAUCCCGGAGACGUACGCCGGUUACUUUGAGCUGCUGAGUGAAGAUGGCCGCUCGACGCGGUGUAUCGAGAGUGUGCUGGAGUUGUCGCGGCGCCGCAACUUCCGGGUGCUGGUCCGGGAGACGGUGCGGUGCAAUCACAACAGCAAAUCGGUCCACGCCGGUGAAAUACUGACCACGAUCUCGGACAAUGGGAAGCAGCUGCAGUGCCGGACGUCGAAGGACGAGAUCGUCAAUCUGCCAUUGGAAGCCAAAGCCAAGUUUUCGCCGAUCGCCAAGGAGGACAGCAUUAGUGGGGUGCACACGGUGCGGAACCUGCUCCAGAAGCGUAUGCCAGUGACGGUCCGGUUGGUGCACGGGGCGGCACCGAAGGGCCUGAAGCAACCGUUUGUCCCCGAGCUCCGGCUGCUUGGUUGCGUUGAGGUGGAUCGGAUAUUCGCGCUACCAUUGCAGAAGGACAUGGACCUCAUUUCGGUGCCACUGAAUGCGAAGAUUAAGAUCCAGCGGGCGAAAAAUAUGGAUCAGCUGGAUCACUUUAUCGAGUAUUCGCGCUUCCUCGACAAGGCGCACCGGUUACUGGUGGAUGCGCGCGAUCGGUUGCAGAUCAUCGAUCUGAAGCUGACGGAGAAGGAGAAAAAGGACUCGUCGAAGCUGUCGGCGGUGGCUGGUGGUGGGGCGAUGGGUGCAAACGGGCGAAAUAAAACGCUCACCUCGACCCUGUCCGGGUUGACCGCUAAUGGGUACGUGCUGAAGAAGAGCAACAGCUGUGAUUCGAACCGCUACUCACCACCGAUCGGUGGUGGUGGCAGUGGCAGUGGUGGUGGUGGUGGAGGAGGUGGAGGUGGAGGUGGAGGCAGUCAGAAUGGAUCGAUUGCCGAUGAGUACGACGAGAUCGAUCAGAUCUACGAUUAUGUGCGAGGGUUAGCACCGCUCCCGAAGAACCUGUACAAGUUUGAGGCGAUCGAACCGAUCAGCUCUUCGCCCCCGACGGCCACGACACCGACGGCCGCCACCACACCGAUCUCCAACUCGCUCCUCGGACCGGCCACCCAUCAGCACAGCCUCAAGACGGUGGAAAACAUGAACAAGUCGGCCCAAUCGAACGCCAUCAACAAUAACUACGAGACGAGCAAUCACCACCAUCACCAUAGCAACAGCAACAACAACAACAAUUACUCCAACAUCAUCAAGUACUCGAACCAUGUGCAACUGCAGCAACAGCAGCAGCAGCAACAGCUUAGCCAUCAUCACCAUCAUCACCAUCACCACCAUGGGCAGCAGCAGACGAAUGGUCACAGCCAUCACGCUUCACACCAUGGACACCACGGUGGCGGUGGUGGUGGUGGUACGGCAACGAACAGCUUGGAGUCCUCGUCGAAGCACACCAGUACCGCGGCCACCCUUAAUGCCAUCAACAACAACACGGGAAGCCACGCACUAACGACGCUCGAUCACAAACCGAUCCCACCACCGAUCGAGACGAUUCCGGGCAAAAAGCUGCCCGAAAAGCGCCAACGACCGACACUCCCGAAGCUGUACUUUAAGAGCAACAUCGGGAUGCAUCAGAAGAGCCCAACGCCCGGUUCGACCGCCAUCAGUCCGAUGAGCAAUGGAGGACAAGGACCUGCUAGCGGUGGUGGUGGUGGUGGUGGUGCAGCUCACCUCCAUCAGCACCAGCUUCCGAUGACCGCAAUCACACCCAAGGACAUUGCCGUCGAACCCCAGAGUCCACUGUUUCACAUAAGAUACAAAAGUCUUAGCAGUUUGCAGCUGGCGGCAACGGCGACAGGGCCACAGGAUACGCAGCAUCCAACGACACCGAUCUCACCAAAGGCCGGCAUCAUCGGUGGUGGUGGUGGUGGUGGCCAGGAGAAGAACCAUCUGCUCUCCAAAUCGGCCAGUGCUGCUAUGCACGCAUGCAUCGGCAACGGUGGUGGUGGUGGUGGUCGAGGAGAAGGUACGCUGGAUUCAUCGCGUAGCGGUGGCCGCACGUCCGGCGAUUCGGGCAAGCUGCCGGAGAAGAAAUCGCGCCGGCUUAGCCGGCCACGCAGCCUCUCCAACCUGGUGUGGGACCUGCGGCCCCACAAAUCUUCCUCCACGUCGGCAGAGAAAUCGAAGAAGAAGCUCUACCUACACCAGUUCGAUCGGCAGCAGGGCACACUCUAUCUGUAGGAGCGGAUAAGGGAUCAGAUCAGAACAGAGAGAUUUCGUCAGUACUGUAUACUUUAGUCAAUCGUCCGGCAUUCGUUGUUUGCAGCCACAACAAGGGGUUUGCUACUGGCUGGAUGCUGCUUUGUUGAUACUAGUAGUAGUCGUAGUGGGUAGUGCUGGGUAGUAGUAGCGUUCCACCGGUUGGUUUGGUGAUUUGUGAAGAGAGCAAUGGGGCCACGUUGCCCACAAGUUUGCGAUACAGAAGCAUUAGGGUGCCGAGAGGGUGCGCGCGAGAGAGAGAGAGAGAGAGAGAGAGAGAGAGUAGAAAAGAGACCGGACCGGAAAGAAAAUGACCUUCUACGAGGAGAGGACGGGUUCCUUCAGCUCGUCCUGCUGUGUCCCUACAGCAGCAACAGCUUCCUCCUCUCUUCUCUCCAUCCAUGUGAUCCAUGUUGUGUGUCUGUGUGCGUGUGUAUGUGUAACAGUAAACAGAUAUAAAUAGACCACUAUACAUACAUAUAGAUAUAUAUAGUAGAUAUAUAUAUAUACACAUAUAUACACGCAGCAACAUUUAGAGAGUCUAAAAAAGUGCUAAAGCAACAAACCUUGUUUCCACACCGCCUGCUGCCACACCGCAAGAGCACCGCAACCACUAAACCUAGCAGCAACCCAGCCAGCCAGCCAGCCAGCCAGCCAGCCAGCCAGUAGGCCUUUUCCGUAGUAGAGUGCACUGAGCUCCAUCCAGCUAGGAUCAAAGAAGGCAUUGGAGCAAGGAAAACGGUUAGUUUAGAUGGCGGCGAGGCGAGUUGAACCGCAGCCCCAAGACUUCGCAGGGGUUGUGUUUGCCAUUUUGCGUUGGAAACCGUCGUCCGACGGAGAGAGUAACGGGCUGUGUGGUGGGGGAGAGGAACGUUUGAAUUGUUUGUUGUUGGCACAGAAAGAAGAAAAAGAAUAAGCUAGCAAAGGAGAGACAGUGUGCGCUCUGCGGGGCUUUGUAUGGAAGAGGAGCGGCGAAACCUUUUAGUCACGCAACAGCAGCAGUAGCGUUGUGUUGUGUUUAGUAGUGUUUAGUAUACCAGGUAGUGUGGCAUUAGCGUUAAUUAUCCCCUUUUUCUCCCACUCCAUCCUGUUUACUCACUCUUCCUCUCUCUUUCUCUCUCUCUCUUUACACUCACCUGAGAAGCGAAUGCUGAUAUGAUCGUCUACAUUUUAAAUCCACCAGUUUUAGUAUAUUCCACUCCUUCCUGUAUCGUAUCGUAGCACACAUUGACACACGUGAUGAUGGUGGCGUUCUGGUAAAGCCAGGCCAGGCCAUUUUACUUUUCUCUCGUUGAAAAAUCCAAGUUCGUUUGCUACCUGUGCGGUACCCCACGGGCCCGUGGGAAAAGCGGAUGUAAUUUUCAUUUUUCAAUCCCAGAACGUACGGGAACGAAACGAUGGUGAAGGGCAUGGGAAGACGACAAUCGAAGCGAUAAGCCCAUCCCAUGGACACGAUAAUUAGUCACUAAACGAUCUUCCUUUUGUUUUCUAGUAUUUCUUAUUAAUUUUGUGAAACGAAAAAAAAGGAACAAAAACCCACACCCGCCCCCCACCCAAAACGACGAACAGACAACAGAAAAGGUGAUGGUCAAUUGUGGUGCGCACGCCCGAUGACGGCACCGCGCACCGUAGGCCAUCAUCUCCGAACGAUCGAAAACCGCCUUAAGAUAAGAAUUGGUUCUGUCACCAUCUCUCUUCGCUGGACUAGAGAUGAUCGAAGCAGAAAAGGUUGCGAAAGUUGCGUUUGCUAGGGUUAUUUGAAGCGACCGAGCGAACAAGAGCUAUAGAGUACGGAUGAAGACGAGAAUGACGAGAGAUGAGUGCUGUGCAUUUUGUGACGACAGCGCAUGCCUUGUGCAUGUGCAGUGCGCCACCUGUUUGUGUACGUGCGUAUGAGUAUAUGUGUGUGUGUAUGUGUAUGUCGUCAAUUCCCCCCACCCUCCCUCUCCUUUACUCUUAAAGCAAAACCUAGAUUUAUUUCGAUUCCACCCUUUUGGAGGGUCUCUAUUGCGAUCGUGCUCGGUGGACAAUUUGUGUGCAAAACAGCAUACCACCCAAAAUCCCAACAACAGCACACAAUGCGGAAGCAUGAUGAUGUUUUAGUGAAGUGAUCAGCAAAUAAAGUUGAGGAAAAAAAUUACUUCAAAUACAAAGAGCAUUAAAAU